AUGUCCAACAUGGACUUUGAGAUCCCAGAUGAUAUUGACCUCAGUAAAUGCCCGGGCUUGGUGGAGAUUAACCAGAGCACCCCGAACUGGAAGCGGGACAUGAUCGAGAAGAAGAACCAGGAGAAGAUUGAGGAGUAUGUGAAAAAGGUACUGAAGGAAAGAGAACAAGAAGCCAAGUGGAAGAAUGUCCCAGAAUGGAAAAAGAAGAUUCUACAGAAAAAGGAUGAGGAGGAAGCUACAGGAAGCAGCGUCACACCGGAGACAAAAACAAGCAGUAAGAAUCCUGAAAUAAAAGUGGCAUUAAAAAAAGCCACCAAAAAGCCACCUCCUCCACCGCCAAGGGAAAUCAAGGAGGACUUUUCUUCUUUAAAACCUAAAGGCGACAUCGUUCCUGCAGCACUCAGCAUCGAUCCCGAGGAACUUGCCGCCAUGCCGCCAUGGAAGCGAGAACUACUAUUUAAGCGAGACAAAGUGCCCGUCACAUUUUCCAAUGAAUUCAACCCGGACGAAGAUUCAGCAGCCGACGGCGACAAAACCACCAGUUGA